AUGAAGAGCAAACUAUAUCUGCUUAGCUAUAAAGUGGAAGGCUUCAAACAAUCUGGCAUUGACCAAUAUGAAGAUCUUGAUGGGCUUGAGAUAGAUGAUGAUAUGGAUGAUGUAGGAGAUGACUUCUUGAAUGUCCAUGCCCCUGCCCCUGCCCCCUCCACCACUUCCAAUUCUGCUGAUGACAAGGAUACUGAGCUUGGUGAGGAUGGGCUGGAAUGCUUGCCUUCUCAGGUUGUCUUUGCCCUGCAAUUUGAGGAGGUGUCUCGCUGCUUGUUUCCUGAUCUGGAUAAUGCUAAAGAGGCUGUUGGUAAUCAAGUGGUCCAAGAUAACCCUGAAAUCUCUUUACCUGCUUGCAUCAAUAGUUCUGUUCCUGAAAUGUUGGAUGUGGAUAUUACUAUCCCUUCUCAAUCUGUGGUACAGAUUGAGGAUCAACAUGGCUGGACUGAGCUCAUCAUUGUUUAUGGUUCUGCUUAUAGCGAAUUCAAAUUGGAGUUCAUUGCUGAACUCCAUGAUGUUCUGGCUGCUGAGUCCCUUCCUACUUUGGUGGGUGGGGAUUUCAACCUGAAAGAUAAACUGAAGUCCAAUGGAAGUAACUUUACGGACUGGUUCCGGAAUGUGAGGAUUAUCCUCGAAGCUGCCAAAAAGGCUUAUGUUUUUGAUGCAGCGCUUGGUGCAGAACCCGCACUCCAAAAGCGUUUUGAGCACCACUCGGCAUAUGCUAUGAUUGGGGAACUGAAUACUUUAUUUCAGACCCAAGCCCGUGCGGAGAGGUAUGAUGCCUCCGAAAGGUUCUUUAACUGCAAGAUGGAGGAGAACAGCUCCGUUAGCGAGCACGUGCUCAGAAUGUCUGGGUACGCCGACCGCCUGAGACAACUGGGAAUUGAGAUUCCUAAUGAAUUAGGCAUUGACCGGGUUCUUCAGUCACUACCACCUAGCUAUAAGAGUUUUGUGGUGAACUACAAUAUGCAAGGGAUGGAUAGGACACUUCCUCAGCUCCUCGCGAUGUUAAAAACCGCGGAGGUGGAAAUCAAAAAGGAGCAUCAAGUGUUGAUGGUCAAUAAGACCACCAGUUUCAAGAAGGCAAAGGGUAAGAAGGGAAAUUUCAAGAAGGGUGGCAAAACUGUUGCCACUCCCGCGAAGAAGCCCAAAUCUGGACCUAAGCCGGAUACUGAGUGCUUCUACUGCAAGGGGACUGGCCACUGGAAGCGUAACUGCCCCAAGUACUUGGCAGAUAAGAAGACUGGCAACGUCAAAGGUGAAUAUUUGAGUUACGAGUUUGGCACGCAUUUAAGACAAUGUGGAAUUGUUUCACAACUUACGCCGCCUGGAACACCACAACGCAAUGGUGUGUCCGAACGUCGUAAUCGUACUUUAUUGGAUAUGGUACGGUCUAUGAUGUCUCUUACUGAUUUGCCACUGUCGUUUUGGGGUUAUGCAUUAGAGACAGCCGCAUUCACUUUAAAUAGGGCACCAUCUAAAUCCGUUGAAACGACACCGUAUGAAUUAUGGUUUGGCAAGAAACCUAAGCUGUCCUUUCUUAAGGUUUGGGGAUGCGAAGCUUAUGUAAAAAGGCUACAACCUGAUAAGCUCGAACCCAAGUCGGAAAAAUGCGUCUUCAUAGGAUACCCUAAAGAAACAAUUGGGUACACCUUCUAUCACAGAUCCGAAGGAAAAGUGUUUGUCGCUAAGAACGGGUCUUUUCUAGAGAAGGAGUUUCUCUCGAAAGAAGUGAGUGGGAGGAAGGUAGAGCUCGAUGAGGUUAUUGAACCUUCUCUCGAAUUUGAGUGUAGCGCAGCACCAGAAACUGUUCCCGUGCAUCCUGCAUCAGCUAGAGAGAAAGCUAAUGAUAAUGAUCAUAAAGUUUUGAAUGAGACAACUACUGAACUUCGCAGGUCGACGAGAACACGUAAUACUCCUGAGUGGUACAAUGUUCGUGUCAUGAAUGUCAUGUUGUUGGACAACGAUGAACCUGCGAAUUAUGACGAAGCGAUGAUGAGCCCAGACUCCGAAAAAUGGUUAGAAGCCAUGAAAUCCGAAAUGGGAUCCAUGUAUGAAAACCAAGUAUGGACUUUGGUAGACUUACCGAAUGACCGAAAGGCCGUUGAGAACAAAUGGAUUUUCAAGAAGAAAACAGAUGCUGAUGGAAAUGUUACCGUCUAUAAAGCUCGACUUGUGAUCAAAGGGUUUGGAUUUGUCCAAACUCACGGAGAAGCUUGUAUUUACAAGAAAGUGAGUGGGAGCUCUGUAGCAUUUCUAAUACUGUAUGUGGAUGACAUAUUGCUGAUUGGGAAUGAUAUAGAACUUCUUAAAAGUGUUAAAGGCUAUUUGAAUAAAAGUUUUUCAAUGAAAGACCUUGGUGAAGCAGCUUACAUAUUAGGCAUCAAGAUUUAUAGGGAUGACUCUAAGUCUCAAUCCGGAUACGUAUUUAUUUUGAAUGGU